GAUCCGAAAGUGAUAGAGUAGAGAGCGAUUGCACUGGGAGGAUCAGUAAUUCAAAAGGAAGAGAGAGGAGAAGAAGUAAGGUGGACAAGAAGGACACUCUAAGAAAAUAAGAUGGCUACUGUGAUUGGUGGCAUUUCCCGGCUCUUUCAGCCGACAAUUGGAAUACUCGCAGCGGAGAAGAUAUGCCGGGGCACAAACCCAUUUUACUUCCUUAUUGGCCUUCGCAUGGUGACUCUCUUUUUUGCUUAUGGGCCUUGGGACAGCCUCAAGAAUGACCUGAUUUGCCGUUGGCCCUCCGACCUUGGGGACGCAAAGACGUUCUGUUCAGGCCUCUGCUAUAACCAGCGCUUCCCUGUCCCCAUUUCGGGCUUCUGGGUUUUCCACUUCAUUGCCAUCAUAUUCACCAUAGCCCUCCUGAAGUUUGUUUAUGUUACAAAGAAAAGCCCCACAGCCAAGGACCCCGAAGCUGCCACAGAAUCCAAGCCCGCCACGGGGGCCAAAGUGGCCGAGGACGAGCCUCACUUUGGGGGCUGGAGAUACGGCAUCUACAUGUUCUGCCUCGCCUUCGUUCUGGCAAUAGACGUAGCCUUCAUCUGGACACUUCUGGGCCUUCAGUUACCCAUCAUAAGCCUAGGGGUCACAACUUGCUACCCUAACAACCCAGCCUGUCCCUCCUCAGCCCAAUGCGUCGUUACGGGCCUCAGAGACAAGCAGGCCAUCCUCUGGGUGUUGGCCUUCUGCUCAGCAGCCAACGUCGCCGUCUCUAUCGGCUACUUGUCCACACACUGCUGUCAGGCCUGUGGUUUUUGCACAGGCUCCGAGAAGGCAAGGCCAGGCUCUCAAGGCUAUGGGGGCAGUGAGGCGGGGGAAUAUGGCUGCUGUUACCAUGGCCCUGGGUGCCACGGCAACUGUGGCGGAUGGACAGAGGUGCCCGGCGACCGUGGGAAAGCCCAGGCAGGGGCGGCAAGGUGUGGGUGCCAGCCAGAGGGAGUCAGCUGCUGCUGUCGCCAAGGCAACGAUGGAAGCGGGGGUGUGGCCUGUGGUUGCCAGAACAACCGGCUUUGUCCCUGUUUCAUCCAGGGAAGCAAAACCAGGCUGUCCUCCCUGACAAGCAGGGAGGAUUCGGAGGGGACGCUCUUAAGAGGAGACACAGAAAUACAGGGGGAAAGGAAAAAGUGGGGAGCGGCAGAGAAGUGGAUCCAAAUGAGGGAGUCCCUCAGGACUGAAGCCCAGAGGGGCCAAGGCAGCUCAAGAGGAGGCACGGCAGUAAAAAACACGGCCAAAUAUCACUCCUGGAAAAACCGGAGGGUGUAGCAUGUAG